CGGAGGAGGCGUGACCGAGGCGUGCAAUCGCGUCGCGCAGGACUUCCCCGCCCAGUGCGGCGGCUGCUAUAGCCCAAUGCACUUCACCGCGCCAGCCCUGCAAGGCUGCUGCGUAUACCCGUCGCCGCCGCCGCCGCCCCACCCGCUGCCGCCGCCAUCACCGCUGCCGCCGCCUCCCCACCCGCCGCCGCCGCCGCCCCCGCCGUUGCCGCCGCGCCCGCCACGCCCGCCGCCGUCCCCACUCCCGCCCCCUCCUCCGCCGUGGCCUCCCGGCGCCCUCUGCCCCGGUGGGAGCCCCACAUCGUGCCAAGGGGCGGUCUGGUCGACGCCGGCGUGCAGAGGCGGCGCUUGCUUCUCGUGCGGCGCUCGAGGCGCUCGAGUCACAUGGCUCACGAGCGUCGGCGGCGCCGAGGUUGCGCAGGCGUGCAACCGCGUCGCGACGGAGUUUCCGGCCGAGUGUGGGGGCUGCUUCAGCCCGUUGCACCGCACCGCGCCGGCGAUCGAGGGGUGCUGCCUGUACCCGCCGCCGCCGCCCCCGGCAGCGGCGCCUCUGCUGCUUCCGUCUCUGCUGCUUCCGCCGCCGCCGCCGCCGCCGCCGCGAGCCCGUCGGCCGCCGCGCACCAAAGGCGUCAGCAGGAGCAAGGGGGGCGAUCUGUGGGCGCCGCCUGCAGCUGCGGUCCGCGGGGAGGCCGGGGCGUGCAGGGCGGGGGGAGGGGGGCGGGGCACCUUCACCGAGGCGUGGGGCGUGCGCACGCACGAACAGUGCCGCCAGCGCUGCGCGUCCAGCUCGAAGUGCCUCGGGUACGAGUACGCCGAGGUCGGCAGCUAUCGCCGGUGCGAGCUGCACGCUGCGACGCUCGUCGCCACAGCGCCAGGAGUGAAGGGCUACGUGUGCUGGACCAAGCAGACUCCAGCGCGUCCCUGAGAGAAACACACGGCGGUCCUUUAACCGCCCAUAUGUGCCAUAUAUCCACUAGAUUUGUGAGGUAUCGGUCUUUAAAUCAGUUUUUACAACCGGGC